AAGCGGGUGAAGGCGGAAGAGGAGAAAUCAAAACAUUCAAAUUCAUUUACAUUUGUCUUUUUUUCCCCUCUCUCAGGCUCGGAACAGACUUAUUUACCCGCCAGUGUAACGUCAGUGUAUCCGUUAUGUAAGUUGGUGACAGCAAAAAAAAAAAAAAAAUUCGAUAAACCUGAGUGUUAGGUGAAGCGUGAGCUUGUUUUUAACUUUAGUUGGUGACUAGCAUGCUAGCAUGUCGUUGUUUUCGGUACAAGCGAAGAAGCACACGGCUUACUACGAUAACCUUCUGUCGACAUCCAGAGAGCGAAAAGCAACAGAGAAAAUCGAAGUAACGCGGUGCGAGGAAGAACACAGCAAGUUAUCAGACAAAAGUAGAACAAUGAACAGGACUUACGUCAUCUCCGCGUUGUCAGAAAGCAUCGGGGGGCAGCAGACGUCGCAUCGGGCCCAGCUCACUUUGCAGAGGAGGUCAAAGAGGAAGACCGGAGCUGAAACCAUGGACAAUGUCGAAAAAACGCCAGCUGUGGAGAAAAGACUGAACUUGCAACGCAGAACCAGAACUCCAUCGACUGGUAAAAGUGCGUCCAGACAGCGAGGACUCAGUGGGACUGACAUGAACCCAACGUCAAAAGUCCCGAGUGAGGCAAACGGUAGGACGCCCACCGUAUUCCGAUCGGCAAGUUUAAAGGAACCUGUUAAUGCUGCCACUCAUGGGAGGUUUGUCCACAGCAAGACCCCCUCCUCCUCCUUCACAGUGAGACAAGCAGAGGACAAGGCCCAAACCUUUAAAACGCCCACCAGAAAGACUCCGUUUCAGAAAAUUGCUGCCAGGAGAGAUGUGUUUGAGAGGCUGGCUGGAAAAGAAGCCCCCAGUCCAGCGGCAGUCACAUCUGCAAAUUUAGAAAGGCACAAAGUCCGAGCGCAGGAGCUCAAUGUCCCGGGUCCUCGGGUCACCAAGGCCCCAGAAGAUGUGCACAAGUCUGUGCUGCAAGUGUCAAGUAUGCCCUCUGCAUUGAUAUCAAGCAAAAAGAUAGAUGUGACCCAAACCAGAUGUUCUGCAUCUCCACCGGUACCUUCAGAUCAGCCACAAACCAGUCCCAGUGAGAAUCUGAAGCAGCGUGAUUUCUUGAAGAUGGAGAACAGCGCAGUGACGGUGGCCGUCCGUGUCCGCCCUUUCGAUGUCAGGGAGAAGGCAGAGAAGGCGCUGCAGGUGGUCUUCAUGAAUGGCCAGGAGACUGUAGUCCAGCAUCCACACUCCAAACAGAGCCACUCCUUUGUCUACGACUUCUCCUAUUGCUCUGUUGAUGAGAAUGAGCACACCUUCGCCAGCCAGCAGACUGUGUAUGAAACUCUGGCCAAACCUUUGCUGCUGAGGGCAUUCGAAGGAUUCAAUACCUGCCUGUUUGCAUAUGGCCAAACAGGCUCUGGCAAGUCAUACACGAUGAUGGGCUUUGGAGAACAGGCUGGAGUGAUCCCAAGGUUCUGCCAGGAACUCUUUUCAAGGCUGGCAUCCAUGGAAAAUCAAGAGAUCAUCUGCCAUGUGGAGAUGAGCUAUUUCGAGGUGUAUAACGAGAAGAUUCAUGACCUGCUGGUGACCAGAGAUGAGCCAAACCAAAGAAGAAUGCCUCUAAGAGUGAGAGAACAUCCGGUCCAUGGUCCCUACGUUGCAGACCUCUCAUCGAAUAUAGUGAGCUCUUACAGGGAUAUUCAGGGUUGGUUGGAGCUGGGCAACAAGCAGAGAGCCACAGCUGCCACUGGAAUGAAUGACAAGAGCUCCAGAUCGCACUCCGUCUUCACCUUGAUUAUGACCCAGACUAAGACAGAAUUUGUGGAGGAAGAAGAACAUGACCACAGCAUCACCAGCAGGAUCAACCUUGUGGAUCUGGCAGGCAGUGAGCGCUGUAACAUUUCUCAGACCAGUGGAGAUCGGCUGAGGGAAGGUGCUAGCAUCAACAAGUCCCUGCUCACCCUUGGAAAGGUCAUCUCUGCCCUGUCGGAACAGGCACUGACCAGGACGAAGGUCUUCAUACCUUACAGAGAGUCUGUCCUCACAUGGUUAUUGAGAGAGAGCCUUGGUGGCAACUCUAAGACGGCCAUGAUUGCCACAUUGAGCCCUGCAGACAGCAGCGUAGAGGAAAGCCUGAGUACCCUGCGCUACGCCCAACAGGCUCGCAUGAUUAUCAAUGUGGCCAAGGUCAAUGAGGACACCAGUGCCAAGCUGAUCAGAGAGCUCAAGGCAGAGGUGGAAAAGCUGCGAGCAGCCCAGAUGAGCUCUCAGGGUAUCGAACCAGAGAGGGUCCGACUCUUCCAGCAGGAGAUCACCACUUUAAAGAAUAAACUCUACCAGCAAGAGAGAGAAAUGAUGGAGGCUAACCGGGCUUGGAGAGAGAAGCUUGAACAAGCAGAAAUACGCAAACGUGAAGAGACCAAAGAGUUGCAGAAAGCAGGUAUCACAUUCAAAGUGGACAACCGUCUUCCAAACCUGGUGAACCUAAACGAGGACCCACAGCUUUCUGAGAUGCUUCUCUACAUGAUCAAGGAAGGUCGAACCACAGUAGGCAAAUUCAAGUCUAAGGGCUCUCAUGACGUCCAGCUGACAGGAGUCCUCAUUGCUGACCAGCACUGUGUUAUAUCCAACAUCAAGGGCGUUGUUAACAUAAUCCCCAUGGAAAACGCCAAGACGUUUGUGAAUGGAAACAUUAUCUCUGAAUCCACUGUACUGCACCAUGGUGACAGGGUGAUUUUGGGUGGAGACCACUACUUCCGAUUCAACCAUCCGGCAGAGGUGCAGUCUGGGAAGCGGGUGUCUUGCUGGACAGGUUCAGGCAAUGGUCAGAAAGACUUUGAAUUUGCCAAGAAUGAGAUGCUUGCUGCUCAAAGAGCACAGCUAGAGGCAGAGAUUGAAGAAGCCCACAUGAAGGCAAAAGAGGAAAUGAUGCAUGGGAUCCAGAUGGUUAAAGAUCUGGCACAGAAGGAGCUAUGUGAACAGAAGACACUUUAUGAGGACAGGAUCCGAGCCCUGGAACAAGAGCUGAAUGAGGAGAACGAGAGGAAGCGUCUGCAGGAGCUUGACCAGCAGAGGGUGGCCAGCCAGAUGGCUGAGCUGAAGGUGGCCAAGAUGGAGCUGGAGCUUGAAGUGGACACCCACAAGAAACGCCUCCAGCUGCACAUGGAGGCCCAGGCAAUGGAGGAACGCCGUGUCUGUCAAGCGAAAAUUGUAGAGGCCUUAGAGGCAGAGAAGAAGAAGAUCAGCAAACAGCUGGAGGAGAUGCAGAAAAAGAAGGCUUUAAGGGAAAACGACAUUUCCAGAAAUGCCUCUCCACAGUGGGAUGCCAUGAAGCUGUCCUUGAUGAUUGAGGAAGCCAAUAAGAUCAGUGCGAAUCUAAGGAAAAAUACGGUCUUCAGCAGACAUGAAAGCCCCGAUGAGGAGAACCUUGCACGAGGAGGUGCACAACAGGUGCGGGUUCGAAAUACCAAGCUGGGGAUCUCCACGUUCUGGAGCUUGAACAAGUUUCAGAACAACAUCGCUGCCAUGAGGGAACUUGAGCAGGGGGAUUCCAACACUAAAGAUGAUGUGUUUUAUGACCCUGAUGAUGAGUGGGAACAAGAUAUAUCGGCUUCUUCUGCUUCCACCGCCUCCUUCUCACGGCGACGGAGCAGAAGCCUGUUGAAGAGCAGGAGAAUCUCAGGUCGUCUUUAUGAGAUUAGGGUCCAUCCCAUUCAGAGCCUCCACAACAGCUCUUCACAAUCUGGUGGUUUGAUGGGUGUAGCUGCACCACACUCCACCAGUUUGUGUACCACCGACACAGCCCUGCCCGGUAUCUGCAAAGAACUGAUUGGUCAGUCAGUGGCCCGUCUCCGUGGUUGUAGUGUGACAGAUGAGAGCGUGGCGGACAGGUUGGCCUCGAAUUUGUACCUGGUAUACACUGCAAUACAGGCCAUAUCAGAGCAGUACGACAGCCUGGACGAUGACAGCCAGGAGAACGUGUUUGUGUGUAAUUUGGUGGCUCAGACUCAUCUGGUCAAGGCUACGACAGCCAUAGAGAGUGCUGUGUUUGUUACCAUGCAGUGGUUGGCUAGUGUUAAAGCUUCAUCCUCACUGUAUACCAUCGCUGACGAACUCAAGAGCCAAGUCAAAAAGAUGGCAGGAUUCUUUCAGCUCCUCAUUCAGGGAUGUGAAUCUGAAAUUACAUCAAUGGUGACAGAGGCUAAGAAGAAGAGUAGUCAGUGCCUAAAUUCAACAGUGGCUACACUUGGCCACCUGGCUGCAUUGACUAACACACCGCUGCAACAUUCUUUGGAGCUGGGUGCCACAGGCAAGCCACCAAUAUUGGUACCUCUGCUGAAGGGGUUCAAUAAAGGAGUCCUGUGUCUUUUGGAGGAGGGUCUAGCAGUCACCAGGGAAAUGUUGAGAGAUGCUCAGCUGGCCUAUCCCAGAAACCCAGUUCUACAGAGCAUAAAAUCCAAGAUGCUUGAUUUAGCACUUGCUCUGCAGCGCUACAUGCAGUGCCACAUUCCAAGAGACUCUGAUUUAUCAUCAUUGGAGGAGGAGGAGCAACAAGAGGAGUCAUUGGCUUCCCAUUUGCAGAGACUCAGGAAUACAGUGACCAAGUUGUUCCAGUUGAACCAGGCCAUCAGACAGUUGCACUCCUCAUUGUCCACUGUGGUGCAAGGUAAAGGCAAAGAUUGUGAUCUCAGCGGCGUCAGAGAGCCGAUUACCUCCUCUGUUCAGGCUGCUGAUGAUCUGGUUACUGAUGUCUCCGAGGAAGGUGUGUUGACUUUGGCUGCAUCCUCUAACCUUCAGCAUCACAAUGUCAUGGCUGCACGAGACGAGCUCCACAUUGCGCUGCAGUCCCUGUCUUCUGCCUGGAGCCAGGAGGGGCCAGGAGAGGGCAGAGGCUCUGCCGGUUCUGACAGGAGCACCGAUAACGCAACCAAAGAGAGUGGUGCCCCCUACGGCACUUUGACAGACAGGGUUGGGAGUAAGAUUGUGUGUAAGACUCUUCCUGCAGGUAUGCUGUCUAGUCCACACUGGGUGUGAUACAUGUUUACGCAUUUAACUUUAGAAAGUAUUUACUGUAUCUGGCUACACACACACAUUUUGAUGUGGUCUUCCUGGUGUCAUAAUGUGUGAGAUGAGAGGGGUUUUUUUUUGUACACUUGUAGUUGUGUGGCAUCACAUUCUGUUAACAUUUCAUUAAUGUCACAGCCACUUUCAUAUAUAUAAAAAAAAAAAACUAAAAUUAAAUAUCUGCUGUGUUCAUUGAAAUCAAUCAAUCAAUCAAUCAAUCAAUUUUUUAUAUAGCGCCAAAUCACAACAAACAGUUGCCCCAAGGCGCUUAAAAUGGUAAUCUGUACAUUUUAAGGGUCAAUUUUUAAAUAUUAAAUUAAAAUAAUAAGAGGAAGCACUCCAUUCAGUUUACUUUCUACUUCUAAAUUGUUGCAAGAUUUUUAUUUAUUUUGUUUGGUCACUUCUGAAGUCAUAUGUGGUGUUAAGAAUGUGUUUGAUUUUAUGUCUUUUUUUCUGAUCCUUUGAAAGAGUUGCUGAGAUAUCAGUCACAGAUUGUAGAGUUUUACCACAAACAUUAUUGUGGUGUACACACAAUCACAGACGAGGAAAAUGUUCAGUUCCGCUCGAUCAGACCUCCCUUGAUGAACUAUAACUUUUCAGCAGUGUUGAGUGAAUGAAUUAAACUUGUAUUUUCAGACAUUUUUA